AUGGAGGAAAAGGAGGCUAAUGUGGAACUCGGCGAUGAUCAGGGUGAGGUAGACUUCAACCCCUUCAAGAGCCGCAACCUGAAACACCCUACUACGAAUGUUGACACCCUGAUCCACCUGCUGAAGGGCAGUCUGGGAACGGGAAUUCUGGCCAUGCCCCAGGCCUUCCUGAACGCAGGAAUGACGUUUGGCCUGGUGGCCACUUUCGCCAUCGGCUUCAUCUGCACCUACUGCGUGCACAUUCUGGUCAAGUGUGCCCACGAGUUGUGCAGGCGAACAAAGACGCCUGCCCUGGAUUUUGCUGAUGUUGCCGAAGUCGCUUUCAAAAAUGGCCCACCCCUGUUGAGAAAAUUCGCGGCAGCCGCCAGAUCAACAAUAAACACUUUCCUUGUUGUGAAUCUUCUUGGGGCCUGCUGCGUCUACACCAUCUUUGUUGCACAUAACAUCAAGCAGGUGGCUGACCACCACUGGCAGCUCGGAUGGGACACCCGCGUCUACAUGGUUUGCCUGUUGGUGCCGCUAAUUUUGCUCAACAUGAUCCGCAACCUGAAGCUGAUGGCCCCCUUCUCGAUGGUUGCUAACCUGCUGAUGGCCACUGGCAUGGCCAUCACCUUCUACUACAUCUUCCAAGACGUGCCCAGCGUGACCGAGAGACCCCAGUUCUCCUCCUUCCACCAACUGCCCCUCUUUUUCGGCACUGUCAUCUUCGCCCUCGAGGGAAUUGGAGUUGUUAUGUCCCUUGAGAACAACAUGGAGACUCCUCAACACUUUAUCGGCUGUCCCGGAGUGCUGAACAUUGGCAUGACCGUCGUCACCGCUCUUUACAGUGCAGUCGGUUUUUUCGGCUACCUCAAGUACGGCGAGGAUACUAAGAGUGCAAUCACCCUCAACCUGCCUGUAGAUGAAAUCUUGGCGCAAUCAGUCAAGAUUAUGAUCGCAAUAGCCAUUUUCCUGACCUACGCCUUGCAAUUCUAUGUUCCCUUUGAUAUCAUCUGGCGCAGUGUUAAACCGUACUUGAAGGAAAAAAAUGAGCUGGUGAUGGAGUUUGCUUUGAGGAUAACCCUCGUCGUUUUCACCGUUGCUAUUGCGGUCGCCAUGCCCAACCUGGGCCCCUUCAUCUCCUUGGUUGGUGCUGUAUGUCUCUCCACCCUGGGCCUCGUGUUCCCCGCUAUUAUCGAAAUCGUCACUUUCUGGGACGAACAGUCGACCGGCAAGUUCAGGUGGCUUCUGACUAAGAACUUGGCUAUUGUGACUUUUGGAAUCCUUGGUUUUGCCACCGGAACCUGGACAAGCAUCGAGGAAAUCAUCGCAGGCUCCGCAUGA